AUUGGUGACGUCAUCAGAGGCGACACAUAUAUAAACUCGAAAUCCAUCCUCUUGAGGCAUCAGUUCUCUCCUGACGUCAACAUGAACGCUAAGAUUCUCUUCGUUUUGGGCUUGGCAGCCAUCGUUGCUGCUGACAAGCGUCCAGCACGACUAUCUACUUCUUAUGGAGUUCCUCAGGUAGCUGCUAUCCCUAGACCAUCAAGGCCUCAGGUACAACGUCCUUCCUUCGACUCCUUCGAGAACUCCUUUGAAAGGUCCUCCUUCGAGCGCCCUUCUUUCUCCCGCUCUUUCGACCGCUCCUUUGAGCGCCACUCAGACGAGUCCUUCGAAUCCCCCAAGUACAACUUCCAGUUCGGCGUCCACGACGACUCCACCAGCGCCAGCUUCGAGCACCAGGAGGCCCGUGACGAUGACGAGACCCAGGGAUCCUACACCGUCCAGCUUCCCGACGGUCGUCGCCAGACCGUCAGGUACUUCGUCAACGGAGACUCAGGCUACGUCGCUGAAGUCUCCUACGAAGGAGAAGCCAGGUACCCUGACUCCUCCUCAUUCGAGUCCUCAUUCGAGUCCAGGGAGUUCUCAGCCCCAAGACCCUCUUACUCAGCCCCCAGAGCCCAGCGCCCAAGAGCCCAGAGGCCAAGACCUUCUUUCACAAGCUUCGAUUCCAGGGAAUCUCGCGAAUUCUUCUCUGCCCCCAGCACAUCCUAUGGUGUCCCUCAGUAAAUGGACGUCAGCUGAACUCUACCUACCCUUCAUUGAAAUGACAUGGACCUAACCAUUUUCUUUCUCCUUCUUCAGUAUUAUUUUUCUACUCUUAACCACUAUUUCUGUCAACUUUCACUGCUGUCAAUAUGAACAGAUGUCUUUCCUUCUGACAGAUGUUAUUUAUUUAUUUAUAAAUAAUUUUGUAUAAAACUAUUUAUUGCUAUUUAAUAAACGAAUGAAUUUUA